GUGUGUGUGUGAAUAUGAGGGCAUGUCUGCUGUGUGAACGCACAAGGCGAAACACUAAAGAGCUGCUGCCCUCGCGCUGUCCUCGCACACAUCACGCGGGUUUUUCGGGGAAACAUCCACGCACUGAGCCGGCAGGAUCGCGCAGUGUGGCGGCUCUGGAGAUUAAAUUCCACGCGCAGAGAUCAGCAGCACUGAAGCACCGCCGAGGAGCAGAGAGUCACUGACAGGCGCUCGGCGGGGCGGGAUGGACUACAGUUAUGACACGGACCUGGAAGAGUUGUGUCCGGUGUGUGGGGAUAAAGUUUCUGGCUAUCAUUAUGGUUUAUUAACCUGCGAGAGCUGCAAGGGUUUCUUUAAGAGGACCGUACAGAAUAACAAACGGUACACCUGUGCGGAGAGUCAGGACUGUAAGAUUGAUAAAACCCAGAGGAAACGCUGUCCGUUCUGCCGCUUCCAGAAAUGUCUGAACGUCGGGAUGCGGCUGGAAGCUGUCCGUGCGGAUAGGAUGCGAGGAGGGCGCAAUAAAUUUGGCCCCAUGUACAAACGAGACCGGGCAUUAAAGCAGCAAAAGAAAGCUCUCAUCCGGGCGAACGGCUUAAAGAUGGAAGCCACGCCCCCUUUGCUGUCAUCACCUCAGUCUGACUACAGCUUCAGCACCGCUCUAUCCACCCCAGCUACAAAAAACAUGCACCCAAACAUCGGCACCUCAGUGGCUCCUAUCGAUUAUGAACGCAACCUCUACGCAUCCAGUUCCCUGGGCUUGUCUGUCCCCAUCCCAGCCCACACCCCUCUGCCAGCACAGUACCCAACGUAUCCCACCCUGCCCAGCCGUGCCAUCAAGUCAGAGUACACGGACCCCUACACAAGCUCAGAGCACUACACCAGCGCCAGCUCCCCAGAAUCCGUUCCAGGCUACACAUAUGUUGACCAGAUGCGAGUGUCGACCAGCCCGCAGCUCGCCCCGCCGGGCUUAACAGUACCACCACUGGUUCUAGAGUUUGUUCGCUGUGAGCAAGAUGAGCUGCAGGUGCAAAGUAAGAUAAGCGCUCACCUGGCCCACCUGCAGCAGGAACAGAACUCUCGGAGCGUGGCGGCCAAUCAGGAACAGAACACACGUCUUGCUGCCAAACAGGAACGGCUCAGCACCUUUGGCCUGAUGUGCCACAUGGCCGAUCAGACGCUCUUCUCUAUAGUGGAGUGGGCGCGGAGCUGCAUCUUCUUUAAGGAGCUCAAGGUGGGAGAUCAGAUGAAGCUGCUGCAUAAUUGCUGGAGUGAGCUGCUUGUGCUGGACUACAUCACCAGACAGUUGCAUCAUGGGAAAGAGGACAGUGUGCUUCUCAUCACAGGACAGGAGGUUGAGCUUGGGUCCUUACUGGCCCAGGCAGGGGUCACUCUGAGCGGGAUGAUACAGAGAGGUCAGGAGCUGGUGCACCGUCUACGAGAGCUUCAGCUGGACCGCAGAGAAACCGCCUGUCUCAAAUACCUCAUCCUCUUCAACCCUGAUGUGAAACUGCUGGAAAACCAGCCUUAUGUGGAGAGCGUGUACGAGCAGGUGAACGCUGCGCUGUUGGAGUACACACUGUGUGCGUAUCCGCAGUUCCUGGACAGGUUUACCCAGAUUCUGCUGCGCCUUCCCGAGCUCAGAGCACUGAGCACACAAGCCGAAGACUACCUGUGCUACAAACACCUGAGCGGAGAGGUGCCAUGCAACAACCUCCUCAUAGAAAUGCUGCAUGCCAAGAGAACCUGCAUCUGACACACACACAUUCAUAGGCCUGAUUCCUUUUGCAGAGGGCACUUUUAUCGACCAGAUGUUUCGCAGCAGUCGUCUUUCACACACAGAAAACCUCAUCAACCAUGCCACUGUGUUUCUGAAAGGGAAGAGGGGAGAUAUCAGUGUUAAUGACUAUGUUUAAAAUAUAGAGCGCUGCAAUGAUGACCUAUUUUUGUUGGCCAAACAGGAAGUUAGCAUUAACCUGGUUUCUUUGACAAAAACCCAAUAAGAAUUUUCAAUUGGUUUUUGGAUUAUUGUAGAAAAUAAGCUCUAUGAGCAACAAAUUUAAAAACACACAUGCACACACAAGCAUGUAUUACUGUAUUUUAUGUCAUAGAAUAAAACAUGAACAUAUCUUGAGCUUGUGUUAAACAUAGACCUUAUUUUAGUCAUAUUAACCGAUUUAAA